GUGUGAGUGUGGUUAGUGGUGCAUGUCUACCACAAUUCAUAGAAAUUGUACUAAACCAGUUAGAACAUCUUAUCGUCAGUUCUUUUUUCUGACAGUAACUAGGUCAAUUCAUCAUGGGAGAGGGCACAGCAAGUCUACGGACAAGAAAGUUUUUGACAAACCGACUCCUUCAGCGUAAGCAGAUGGUUGUCGAUGUCAUUCACCCUGGGCGCGCCAACGUACCUAAGGCCGAGAUCCGUGAGAAGCUCGCGUCUAUGUACAAGAGUGAGGCGGAGAACAUCUUCACAUUCGGUUUCCGCACUGCCUUCGGUGGAGGCAAGAGCACCGGUUUCGCCCUCGUCUACGAUUCCCUGGACUCUGCCAAGCAGUUCGAGCCCAAGCACCGUCUAGUUAGACAAGGACACGCCGAAGCCCCCACUGGCUCACGUAAGCAGCGCAAGGACAAGAAGAACCGUGCUAAGAAGAUCAGAGGUAUUAAGAAGGCUAAGCUUACGGCCAAGAAAUAGAUUAGCGUAUAUAAAUACAGUUAAUCUAAGUUCGUGUCCUGCGGAGUUUGAUUUGAGAAUAAAUGUCAGAAUCUUAGUA